CACACAAGAGUCCUCCUAUUUUACAAGAAAUCAAUCUCCCACACGAAUUGGCAUGUUACUAAAUUUCUCAUAUAUUCCUUCAUUUACUUUUUAUUAACAAGUUAUUUCAGAUUUUAGGUUUUGGAGAUUUUGACUCAAAAAACAUUCUAUGAUUUAUUAUUCAGUUCCCCCCACGCGUCAAGUAUUUACUGGAUAAUAAUAAAAGUAUUUGCUAUUUCGACGAACUUACAGUAAUAUAUACUCCAAUAGUAAGAAUAUUUUGAGACUCAAUACCAACAAAAAAGGUAUUAUGUUGAGACGUGGUGCUUAAAAGUCAAACCGUACGUUGCCAAACAUUUGAAAAACUGACCAGUUAUGGACCAUUUCUUCUUCUUCUUUUUUUGCUUUCUUUAAAGUCAAGAAAGUGAAUGAGAAAGGUAACCCAUGCAUGAUAUACGACUAUAUAUAUAUGAUAGAAAAUCCAAAACUUUAGUUUGUUAGUAAAAUUAAAAAGGAAAAUGAAAGCUGUGGUGAGUAAAUUGCAUUUUUCUUCGACGGAGGAGGUGAUGGUGGUGAGACGAAGGCCACACGUGGUUAACGGCGGUGGCUUCGUGGUCACAGAUUGUAGAGAGAAGACUAUUUUCAAGAUUGACGGUUGUGGUGUUCUUGGCACCAGAGGAGAGUUAGUUCUUAGAGAUGGUGAUGGUGCUGAUUUGCUUCUCAUCCAUAAAAAGGGAGGAAUGGUGCAGGCUCUAAGCAUUCAUAACAAGUGGAGAGGCUAUAGUUAUGACUAUCAAGGAAGCCCUAAACCGGUUUUCACAUUGAGAGAUCCUAAGCAAUCUUGUUUCUCCAUAACCGGUUCCAUCCGCAUCUUGGUCCAACCGGGGAACUGCUACUUUGAUGUGAGAGGGUCUUUCCCGGAUAGGGAUUGUAGCAUCGUGGAUUCAACCGGAAGUGUGAUCGCUCAGGUAAAAGAAUGGAGUGGGAGCAAAGAUAUAUACUCGGUGGUGACAAAAGUUAAUGUUGAUAAAGCUUUCGUUUUCGGAGUAAUCGCGGUUCUUGACUAUAUCUAUGGUGAAUCUACAAGUUGUUGAACGGUUCAUCACUAGCAUCAUCUGCAACUUACUCUUUUUUAUACUCAAUCUCUGUAAUGUGCAUGGUGUUCCAUGUACGGUGGUUUGCAGACUAUUACGCCGUUUUAUUAAAUAAUUUACUCGACUCUGUAAAUAUUUUUUACAUAUUUUGUUUUGUAAUAGUUCAAAAAUCAUUACUAAGGUGUUAUAUAGAUUAUUACUUGUAUAAUUAAACUUAACUUUUGUACU